GAGACAUGCACACAAUGGAGAUGAACAGUUGCUUCAAGUCAGACUAAUUUCUUUGUCCAGAGGCUGAGCAGCAUUCCUGCUAUCCAGAAUGAUUAGUGGUCAAUCAUCUUCCAUUUCUAUUCCUCCAGGGAAACCUUUCAUCAGUAAAUCCACCUCUGUUUCUUCAGAGAAGAUGGGUCGUCUCCCCCUGGGGGUUGUUUCUCCCUAUGUAAAAACUAGCUCUGGUGGGUGUAUGGACCCCAUGAAAUUCUACUGUACCAGCUAUGGCACAGCUUAUGGUCAAGCAGGGUUUCGUCCUCGGACUAGCAUCCACUCUGGAGCAGGAUAUAAAACCAAUUACCGUCCCGUUGUCCACUACAAGCCAAGCCUAGACAAAUUAGAUAAUCCAACUGUGGGGAAGCUCCUUCAGGACAAUUAUGAGUCGACAACAACCAAGCACUUCCAGCCUCUUGAGCUCCCAGAUGGGAAAUAUCCUCUUCCCUGGAGUGUGUACCAGCCAGGGAGUGGGUAUGUCCGAGAAAAACCUCUUUCUUUCCCCACCACUAAAGAGGUCAAGAAAGUCCAUUUUGACACAGCGGACCAGGGAGCCCAAGCUAUAACAGGGUUGGAGCCUAAACAUACCCCUGACCUGCACAAGUUGUAUGGAAGAGGUUCUGUCGAUGCGGAACAUGCCAGACAUGGACCUCACUACAUGUCCACAGAGUACAACUCAAAGUACCGCUUCAACAUUCCAGGACAACCAGAUUUCCUGCAGAAGAAAACAAUUGGAGCCAAAGAAGAGACUGGUUUUACUGAAGGCUGCCUGGCUAACCCCAUUAUAGACAAACCUCAGUGCAGCGCUCCAGGAGUCAGCAUUACCAAGACAGAUUAUCUGCCAUCUUCCUUUCCACAUGGUGAUGAGUUCCUACCAGUCCUGUCAAAGGGUUCUGAGAGGGGAUCUGGAUUCAGUCGGCAGAAUCUUGGUCUAGGUGGUAGUCAAGAGCCAAUGACAGGAGAGGCACCAGGUCCCCUGAGCCAUUCUCAGUUCCAAGGGCUUCAGCAUCAACCUCAGACACAGAACAAUCUUCUAGGUCGGGAACAAGUGGGUCACAAGGAACCAACAGGAUUCAGCCUCAAUAACCUUAAAUAUGUGACACCUGCACAUGAUCCAGAUCAGCCCAACAGAUUCCUGACUAGCUAUAACUCCAAGUUUUAUGAAAACAUUCCAAAGGGAGUAGAUAGGGAAGGCUGGACACGAGGAGGGAUCCAGCCACAGCAGCCUGGUGGUUUUGCUACUAAUAACCAUGCCACUGACUUAGGCACUGACCCCAAUGCCACAGAGACCUUGAGGACUAUCCAUCCUCAUGUUGGCAGGACAAUUACAACAGUUGAUCCAUUCUAUCGUGAUUCUCCCCAUGACCGCCGCUUUGCUGCUCUCCAUCAGACGACUGUGCCCAACUAACCUCAGUUCCAAACUGGACCCCACACUGAUAUCUUUGGGCCUCAGAACAAAAUCCCACAUGCUAAGGAAGGAGCAACAGUGAUAGCGCUGUCACAUCAUUCAUAUUUUACUGUUAAAGGUUGUAUAGUUUUAAAUAAAUUCAAACAAUAUA